UAUAUAUUACACGUCAAACGGAGUACGACGGUACAGUAUCAAACAUCCACCGUGAACAGUGAAAACGUCAUAGAGAGGAGCGGUGACGUGCUACAUUCACCCAUGGCUAGACGCUAGCAAGCUGUUAGCAUCAGACACCAUAGAAAUGCCGGAUCUUCGACAAAAUGCUGGAUCCUAAACUAUUUGACAGUGAUGGUGACGCCUAGGGAAAACAGUAUGGAGCCUCAGAUCAAGCAACAUCACAUUUCUUCAUCACGAUUAAUGAUGCAUCUUUGGUGAAGAUACAUACUGAAGACAAAUUGCACCAUGGGAAGAAUCAGCUUUUCAUGCCUCUUCCCAGCAUCAUGGCAUUUCAGCUUGUCAUGCCAAGUUGUUCCCCGGCUUAUGUUCCCUUCCCUCAGACAGCUGCUUCUCAUCAUUUUGGUGCUGUGCCUCAUAGGACUGCUGUACCUGAUGCUUGUUUCUGGAAAUAGACACACAGUUUGGACCAGUGAAGAAAACCAUUUUCACAGGCACUUGGCCAGGGUGACAGAUGUUGGUGCGACAGAUACAAGUAACCCUAACCUUAAUUAUGGCUUGGUGGUUGACUGUGGCAGCAGUGGCUCAAGGAUAUUUGUAUACUGCUGGCCCCGGCACAAUGGAAAUCCUCAUGAACUCUUGGACAUUCAGCAAAUGCGAGAUCAACAUGGAAAGCCUGUGGUCAUGAAGAUCAAACCAGGUAUAUCUGAAUUGGCUAAAACUCCAGAGAAAGCCAGUAACUAUAUGUUUCCACUACUGAGCUUUGCAGCUGAACACAUUCCCAAAAACAAGCACCAAGAAACCCCACUGUAUAUACUGUGCACAGCUGGAAUGAGAAUCUUACCUGAAAGUCAACAGGAAGCAAUUCUAGAGGAUCUGCGCACAGACAUCCCAGUCCACUUUAACUUUCUCUUCUCUGAUUCCCACGUGGAAGUCAUUUCUGGAAAACAGGAAGGUGUCUAUGCAUGGAUUGGAAUUAACUUUGUUUUAGGAACAUUUGACCAUGUGCACAGUGAUAAAGAAGCUGUAGUAGAAGUACAAGUCCCAGGCAGUGAUCAGCAAGAAGCACUGGUGAGAAAAAGGACCGCCGGUGUCUUGGACAUGGGCGGUGUCUCCACACAGAUCGCAUACGAAGUGCCCAAAACUGUAAGCUUUGCUUCUCCACAACAGGAGGAAGUUGCUAAGAACAUGCUGGCAGAGUUUAACUUGGGAUGUGAUGCUCAUCGCACAGAGCAUGUUUACCGUGUUUAUGUUUCUACCUUCCUGGGUUUUGGGGGAAAUGCAGCUCGCCAAAGAUAUGAGGACAACAUUGUCAGAGAUACAGCAACUCGAAACAAACUUUUAGGCCAGCACAUUGGUGAGACUCCUGAGUCUCCCAUCCUAGAUCCUUGUCUUCCCACGGACCUGCAGGAUGAGAUUGGUCCAGACCUACAAAAGCUCCAUCUGCGAGGCACAGGAGACUUUGACCAGUGUCGCCUCAUUCUGCAGCCGUUCCUCAACCGCACUAACGAGACCCAAACCUCCUUGAAUGGUGUCUACCAGCCUAACAUUGACUACGUUAACAGUCAAUUCUAUGGUUUCUCCGAAUUCUACUACUGCACAGAGGACGUUCUGCGCAUGGGUGGUGACUACAACUCUUCAAAAUAUACCCAAGCUGCUAAGGGUUACUGUGCCACCCAGUGGAAAACUCUGAGGGAACGCUUUGAGUCAGGCUUGUAUGCCUCCCACGCUGAUCUACACAGACUCAAGUACCAGUGUUUUAAAUCGGCAUGGAUGUAUGAAGUACUGCACUCUGGAUUUUCUUUCCCAAGCAAUUAUAAAAAUCUAAAAACUGCCCAACUUGUCUACGAUAAAGAGGUGCAGUGGACUCUUGGUGCCAUACUGUACAGAACACGGUUUCUGCCUUUAAGGGACAUCCAGCAGGAAAGCCUAAAAGGAGCUCAUUCUCACUGGAGACACAGCUUUUCCUUCGUCAACAACCACUACUUGUUCCUGGCUUGUUUCUUCAUUGUGCUCUUGUCUAUAAUGUUGUACCUAAUGCGACUGCGCCGCAUCCAUCGGCAUGCAGCAAAGCGCUGUUCGCCCUCCUCUGUGGCCUGGUUGGAGGAGGGCCUCAGCUCGGCCACACUUCCCAUCAAUCUCUGAACAUCCUGGUACUGAGAAUAUGGAUGAAUGAAAAUGACGAUGUUAACCCUCGGGCUAAGCUGAGCCGAUCAUAGUGAUUAAUUUAUUGAGUUUGAGAUUUAAAUAUACCCGUGUCUUGAUUUCCAUGCCUUCUUUUAAUUUAAAUGGCAGCUGCCUUCAGGUGUCUUUUGUUUCUAAAAAAUAUUUCUUCUCUCUGGCUUUCUUUCCAUCUGUUUUCAAAACAAUUGGCAGUUUAUUUUUGUCAUCAUGUUGUGUGUUAUUAUACACUUAUUUUUAAUGGUUUACACAGGUACUAUUUAUAAUAAUCAAUGAAAGACACUUUGUGCUGCAAAAUAGGACUGCACAACACUUCCCAGCUGUAAUGCUCUUUGUUUGUGCAUCUUUUUUUUCUUUUUGAUGGUUCUGCCUUUAGUGCAAUACAUGUCUUGACACUGAUGGGAAGUCCUUUUUAAAAUACAUCUUUUUUUUUUGUGGGCGCGUAGAUGUUAAAUUUCUCCAGAAGUCCUACAAAACAUCCUGCAUCAGGUGAUCUGACUGUUAAUGUUGUAUGCUGUAUCAUAUAUUUCUAUAUUUAUGUUGGGCUUCGUUUUUGAAGCUGUCAUGUCACUGGUGGGAGGGGAAUUGUAAGUCAGGUCAUACCAGCGCCGGUAUCUAUAUGACAAUGGUUUAGUGCACAGCUGAUUUCAGAGCAAAUGUUGUCACAUUGCAAUUCAAUAAUAAAGUUUUAUAUAUAGUU